GCCAGGCCAGGGCGGCGGAAGUCGUAGGAUUUUCUACUGCUCUCUCUCUCUCUCUCUCUCCCCCUCUCUCCCCUCGUCGCUUCCACUUCCUCCUCUCGUUCUCCUCGCUUCGUCCGCUCGACCGGUGCGGAGGGCUCUCGCUCGUCACGGCGGAACCCUAGUUCGUCUUGGCGCCACCUCGGCGCCGGAGGCGGAGGUUGGAUUGUGCGGCGCUGCAGUUUGAGCCCCGGAUCGGCGGGUUCGGCCGCGGGUUCGCUCGGAUCGAGGAGGCUCCGAUGCGGGGAGGCUGCGGGGUCGCGGUCCUGGCCGGAACGAGCGUGCGGUGGUGAAUUCCGGUGGUUGUCUCGUUCGGAGAGGCGGUGGUGGGAGCUCGGGGCCGCUGCCUAAUCCGCGCCUCAUUCUGCUACUGCCUCCGAGUCUUCGGCCCGUUCGGUGCUCCUCGUCGGUUGGUUCCGGUGGAUUUCCAGACCAAGGGGUGCUACUGCUGCUUUCGCUCGAGUAAUCUCGUUCGGUUUUUGGUGCUGGUGGAGUUGCAAUCUGCGCUAGAUUUGCGCGUUCUGUGAAGAAGUUACGUUGUUUGCCACGACCUGCAGCGGAUGCUUGUUCGUGCUCGAGGCGCGGUGGAUCUCGAGUGGUUCUGCUGUACGGAGUAAAGGUCCGGUUUUGGACUGGAUUCUGGGGGCACCGGUCUCCUGCUAGUAUGAUGCCAUCGGGGCAGCCGAACCCGAUGGGGUCGGGGCAGCAGGUCGGCGCGUCGCUGCUCCGGACGAACUCCAGCCUUCUCAGUGGCGGCCAGCCGGGGAUGGGGAUGGGCGGCGGAGGAAGCGGCGGCGUGCUUCCGUCGCAGUCACCGUUUGGGUCCCUCGUCUCGCCGAGCACGCAGUAUGGCGGUAAUGGCUUGCUGGCGGGUGCCUCCAAUGUCGCGUCCCUGCUGGGCCGGCAGUCUUAUGGGAAUGGGGGGACUGGGGCAAUGCCGGGCGGCGGCCUUCCGAUGAGUACGAUGCAACAGAGAGGGGGGCUUGAUGCUGUUGGUGAUUUGGUUGGUGCCGGAGGGUCAAAUUCCAUGUCUUUCCCUUCCUCCUCCCAGGGCAGUUUGGGCAAUCAGCUUGGUACUGAUAACUUACAGCACCAGCACCAGCAGCAGCAGUUUGAUGCACCACAAGAUUCGCAACAACAACAACAGCAGCAUCAGCACCAGCAGCAGCAACUAUCAAUGCCCUACAAUCAACAGCAUAUGCUGCCACAAACACCGCAGCAGCCCCAGCAGGCGCAGCAUACGGUGAAGUUGGAGAACGGAGGUGUCUUGGGUGGGGUCAAAUUGGAGCAGCAGAUCGGGCAGACUGAUCAGAAUGGUCCUGCGCAGAUGUUGCGCUGUUCUAGUGGUGUGAAGCUUGAACCACAGUUGCAAGCAUUGAGGAGCUUGGGUGCUGUGAAGAUGGAGCACCAAAGCUCAGAUCCAUCGGUGUUCCUGCAGCAACAACAGCAGCAACAUAUGUUGCAGCUGACUAAGCAGAACCCCCAGGUUGCAGCUGCCCACUUGAGCCUCUUACAGCAGCAGCAGCGUUUCUUGCAUCUGCAGCAGCAGCAGCAGCAGCAGCAGCAGCAGCAGCAACAGCAACAGCAACAACAACAGCACCAACAGAUUAUGAAGAACUUGCCUUUGCAGAGAAACCAAUUGCAGCAGCAGCAACAGCAACAACAGCAACAACAGCAUCAGCAGUUGCUUCGUCAACAAAGUCUAAAUAUGAGAACUUCUGGUAAACCAACUCCUUAUGAACCAGGAACCUGCGCUAAGAGAUUGACCCAUUACAUGUAUCACCAGCAAAACAGGCCACAGGACAAUAACAUUGAGUACUGGAGAAACUUUGUCAAUGAAUACUUUGCCCCAAGCGCCAAUAAGAGGUGGUGCGUUUCUCUCUAUGGAAAUGGUCGUCAAACUACUGGAGUUUUCCCUCAGGAUGUUUGGCAUUGUGAGAUAUGCAAUAGAAAGCCAGGACGAGGCUUUGAAACUACGGUUGAGGUCUUGCCACGGUUGUGCCAAAUCAAAUAUGCCAGUGGUACACUUGAGGAACUUCUGUAUGUUGACAUGCCGCGGGAGUCCCAGAAUUCAUCUGGGCAGAUUGUUUUGGACUAUACCAAGGCAAUCCAGGAGAGUGUCUUUGAGCAAUUGCGUGUAGUUCGUGAGGGACAUCUAAGGAUUGUUUUCAACCAAGACCUCAAGAUUGCAUCAUGGGAGUUCUGUGCCAGGCGUCACGAGGAACUUAUUCCCCGGAGAUCAAUCGUACCACAGGUCAGUCAACUUGGUGCUGUUGUGCAAAAGUAUCAGUCUUCGGUUCAAAAUUCAGCAGGGUUAUCAAGUCAGGACAUGCAGAACAAUUGUAACUCGUUUGUUGCAUGUGCUCGCCAAUUGGCUAAAGCAUUGGAAGUGCCAUUGGUAAAUGAUUUAGGAUACACAAAAAGAUAUGUCCGCUGCCUCCAGAUUGCAGAGGUGGUCAAUUGUAUGAAAGAUUUGAUCGAUUACAGCAGGCAGAAUAGAUCUGGUCCAAUAGAGAGCUUGCAUAAAUUCCCUAGGAGGGGACCUCCAGGGAUUAGUUCCCCUCAACAACAGCAGCAACCCGAGGAGCAGCAACCUGUUCCACAGAAUUCAAACCAGAGUGGUCAAAACUCCGCCCCUACAACUGGAAUGCAGGUUUCUGCCUCUGGAAAUGGUGAUGCCACAUCAAACAAUUCACUCAAUUGUGCACCAUCUACUUCGGCACCAUCUUCAUCUGUUGUUGGUCUCCUCCAUGGCUCAAUAAAUUGCAGACAAGACCAUCCAACAAGCAGUAGCAAUGGUCUGUAUAACAGUGGAAAUAAUGCUUCAGUUGCUAAGGCCAACUCAACAAACUCCAUGCAGUCAAAUGCUCCAGCAUCUUUUCCUUUGCCAGCUCCCUCAGCAUCAAAUAAUAACAUGAUGCUUGCUCCUCAGCACACAAGCCAGUUGAACUCGCCAACUAUGUCAUCAAACUUAACUCCUAUGCAAACACCUACAGGUCGACCCCAGGAACCUGAACCAAAUGAGUCACAAAGCUCCGUCCAGAGGAUAUUGCAAGAGAUGAUGACAUCGCAUAUGAAUGGUGUUGGACCAGUGGGAAGUGAUAUGAAGAGAACGAACUCCUUAGUUGGUAACCCCAUGACAAAUAACUCCGGAAUUAAUGGAAUGGGGUUUGGGGCAAUGGGUGGCCUUGGUCAAUCAAUGAGAACAGCAAUGGGAAAUAAUGUGAUGGCGAUGAAUGGAAGGACUGGGAUGAACCACAGUGUACAUGACCUAACACAGUUGAGCCACCAGCAGCAACAGCGCGAUAUAGGAAACCAGCUACUUGGGGGCCUUAGAGCUGCAAACAGCUUCAAUAACCUUCAAUAUGACUGGAAGACUUCUCAAUAGAAUGAGCAGGAGUUCAGAGCUCGCAUCUGAUAUGAUACAGUUAUCCUCACUGGGUUCCAUCACUGACAACACAGAAGUUACAUCACCACAACCUGCCCUCCUUGGAAGCGGUGGGCUUUUUACUGAUGGUGCAUGCUACAAGUUAAAGGAAAGGAAACAUUAGCGAUGAUCGGUACAUGUUACAGUAACUGUCUGUAUGGCUGUUCCUUCGUACUUAGGCUGUGGAAUUUGCUGUGUGCUUCCGUGACCGUACCAUAAAAAUGAGAGUCGUGGACUAAUGCCGGCGGCGAGGGUUUGGUGGAUUUCAAACUGGGGGAAGAUCAGAGCAUCCGCUUUCCCCUGUUUUCUCGGGUUGGAUGGCAUGCAUUCCCUCGUCCAGUCUGUAGUGUACCAUGGCUCUUUGUAAGUUGUGAAGCAUGUGUACCGCCUUUCAUAGCCUAGAAUCUCAUCGUAGCCGUACUGUACUCUGUAUAAACUCUCGUUUACUAGUGGAAAGCAUCAGGAAAAUUUUCCGA